UUUUCGCCCAAAAAAACUUUUCUCACGUUUAGCUAAAAAUAUAAAAAUAUCUAGCAAAAUGUUGAACCUGUCAAGAGCCGUUGUCCGCAGCUUUGCCACCACCACUAGCCGCCGCUCUACCGCUGUGGGAAAGGAGCAGGUCGAGAAGGGCUACUUCGAGAUCCGCAAGGUGCAGGAGCACUUCCAGAAGAAGGACGGCAAGCCCGUCUUCCUCAAGGGCUCCGCUGUCGACAGUGUGCUGUACCGCAUCACCAUGGCCCUGGCCCUGGUUGGCAUUGGUGGCAUGACCAAGCUCUUCUACGACCUGAGCGUGCCCAAGAAGGACGAUUAGAGCGUCUGCAGCAUAGUCUAGUUAAGCCAAUAACCAACAGCAAACCCGCAAUCCAGCCCCCGUACCACAUUUGUUUUGCAGUGUAGUUGCCUUAUAUUUCCCCUCUUUUGAUUGUAGUUGAACCCGCAAUACCUGGAACUCCAACGCCCCAGAUCGUUGUUUUGUGUUAGAAUUAACUUAGUUUUGAUGUGUAACCGAACAUUCGCAAGAGCAUUUAAAGCGUGGAAAUAUAAGAACCUGGCUGUAAAGUAAUGA